AUGGGGUUUAUACGUCCCAGAGGCUUACGUGGAGGAGGAAAUCUUGAGAACUACCCAGCCAAAAUAAUGGGCAACUCAUUGAACUCUCAUGAGGUAUUUCUAGAUGGGCUCAAGGAGUCCCUCAGGACAUGGGGAGUAAGGGUUAAGAAAAAGGAUCUUAGACAAUUCUUCUCCUUUAUUCAUGAGACCUGCCCAUGGUUCCCCCCAGAGGGCACUAUUGACCAUAGACGAUGGAAAAGAGUAGGCGAUGCCCUUCAGGAUUUCUAUCAAACCUUUGGCCCUGAAAAGAUCCCUGUCUCCACCUUCUUGUAUUGGAAUCUUAUCCAGGAUAUCCUUAAAGUCCACCCUAAAGACCCUGACAUCCAAGACAUAAUAAAAACAGCGGAAACAGCCCUUAGGGAUAGCUCCCGGCCACCCUCUGCCUGCCCUUCGGUAUCUGUUGAUAUCCCUGAGGAGCCCAUGGCACUCUCCAAAGAAAUCACUAAAUCUAAGCCUGACAAAAAAUCUCCAGACAUCUGUAAUAAACCUGAACCCCCUCCCCCUAAAAUCUCAAAUAUCUAUCCUUCCCUCACCUCCCGAAGACAUCUGGAGGACCACCUGUCUCCGGAGGAUGAGGAAACCUUAGAAAAUCAGGCCGCCCAUUAUCACAAUGAUAAAGACCCCUGGCGCUUUACAGCGCCGGCCUUUCAUAGCACCUCUAGUAAAUCCUUUAGGCCCCCUCCUUACAACCUCGACCCCUCACUAAACAUCCCUAUCUUUCGAAUUCCAGCCCUGGAACCAUUCCGCGGCCCCCCUCCCUCCCCCGAUCCUAUCCGGCAAGCUAAAAUCUCCCUAACCCAAGAAAUUUCUUCACUAAAGGAAAUUCUACAGCAAAAACACGAACACGUCCAAGUUGUCAAAGAAAUCCAAGCCCUCGAGUUACCCGUAGUCACAACCCCGGACCUCCUCCGGAGGACAUACCUCUCCCUGAGGAAGAGGAGGAGGGAGACUCCCCUGACUCGCAAAACCGGGACCAAAAUUCUGCAGAUGAAACCUCUGAUACAGGACCCCAAUCCAGACCAGGAUCAAACAAAAAACCAAGCUAAAGGCCAAAAAUACCGCCGCUUAAACCUAAAACACUUAAAGGAUCUAAAAGCGGCUGUAACCAAUUAUGGCCCCACUGCCCCUUUCACCCUAGCCUUAAUCGAAAGCCUGAGCGAUAGAUGGCUGACCCCUAACGAUUGGGUUUCCCUGGCUCGAGCCACGUUAGCAGGAGGGGAGUGUGUCCUAUGGUGUACCGACUUUGUAGAAAACUGCCGCGAGACCGCGCAGCGCAAUAGUGAAAGUAAGACCUCUCGCUCAUGGACUAGGGAUAAGCUCCUUGGGCGCAGUCCCUAUGACACCAAUGAAGCUCAAGCAGCCUUCCCUCCCGGCCUUUUAGCCCAAAUCCAAAACGCAGCCCUUAGGGCUUGGCGGCGCCUUCCGCCUAAAGGCUCAGCUAGCACCUCCUUAGCAAAAAUUCGCCAGGGCCCUGAUGAACCGUACAGUGAUUUCGUACUGGUCAGGGAAGGAGAAACAGAAAGCGCUUUUAUUAAACACCUGGCCUAUGAAAAUGCUAACCCGUCUUCCCAAGAGACUAUACGACCCCAUCGCUGUGGCAGUCUCUCUGAUUAUAUCAAACUUUGCUCAGGUAUAGGAACCUCCCAUGCCAUUGGACUAGCCAUAGGGGCUGCGCUUAAGGACUUUACCAAGGAAAAGCAACAAAAAACUUGUUUUAAUUGUAAGCAGCCAGGGCAUUUUGCUCGUGAGUGCCCAGCAGGGACACAGUCCCGCGCACGCCCUAAAACAAUUUGCCCUCAAUGCCGACACGGCUUACAUUGGGCCAAUGAGUGUCAUUCCAAAACAGACAUGGAAGGUACACCACUUCUACCAAAACAGGGAAACUCCCAGAGGGGCCAGCCCCUGGCCCCAUCAUCAGAACAGAACCUAGGGAUAGCCAGGUUCGUUCCCCAAGCUCAAACACAGAAACGUACCCUCCCCGCGCAGACAUCAACUCCCUCUGCCGCGCCACUCCGGGAAGCGCAGGAUUGGACCUCUGUUCCGCCUCCAACACAAUACUAA